UACUGCCGGAUGUGCCGCCAGGCGGGCUGCGGGCAGUGCGUGUCUGAGGAGCACCAAGGCAUCUUCCACUCCGUCAACCUCAUAGACACUGUAUACCAGGAGGAAAAAUUAACCUUCUUCAGUAGUCUGAAAAAAUUGAGAAUAAUAAAUGAGAAGCUGAUGAAUGAAAUCUCAAGUCAUCCAAAUGAUACUGACAUAAUGCUGACCAAUGAGGCAGAGGUAAUUGCACUGGAAUUUGGAGAAAUAUUCAAAACUCUGGAAAUGAAGAAAAAACAAUUGCUAGAAGAUAUUGAAAACCAAAGAAGUAAAAAAGAGAAAGAAUUUCAGAUUUGGAAGAAAAUGAAGGAAACUCACAAGAAAACCAUUGAGAAUUUUCUGAAGGAUUGUGAAAAGCUUGUUCAGGAAUGUGAUCCUCAGUGUUUCCUGGAGGUGGCCUGUGGCUUGAAUACAAGAAUGAAAACUCAGCUUGACCUGAUGAAUAUAGCAUCCAGCUAUGAGAAACCACCAGAGUAUACCCAAAAGAAAAUGGAUAUCAAACCUGUGGUUAAUGAAAUCUUGGCCUUGAAGUUAAUACCAGUUAAUGUAGGCGUAGUUAAAGAUGUACCUUCUCGAGGAAGUGAGAACUCAAUUAACAAUAUGUUACUUAAAAAUAACGUAAAACAAUGGAAGGACCAGAAAAAUACACACGGCACAUUUCAUCCAGUAGCAGGACAAGAGGAAGUACUGACGGAUGGUGGUCAGAUAUGUACUCGCUUAAUGUCAAUAUCAGAAAUGUCAGCGUUUCAAAAUAUGAGUCAUGAGGAGCUUCGUUACAAAUAUUACAUGGAACAUCGGAAGCUAUCUGAUGAGUUCAAGACACAAACUCUACCUGCAAGUAAAAAGUAUAAAUGUGUAACCACUGAGACUUUGAAGGAUAAGUCUUCAGGAGUUCCUUUUGUAUCUUCACCUACCAAAGCAAAUAAUGCAGACAGAGGAAAAAAGGGAAGCUUGCAAAGAGCAGAUGGCUUUGAGAUAAGCUUUUUCAGUACUAGCAAUCACAUCUUUCCGACCCCCGACUUGAAUUCUUCUGAAACAAAUGGUAACUUUAAAUUUUUUCAUGAAAAAAGGUCCCAGGAAACAAGCACACUGGCCUUAUCAGAGAACUUUAACAGCUUAGUCAUUAAAGAGGAAAUACCGCAGUUGUCAGCAGUUACAAUUUCUAAUGAAAUGGAUGCAAAUUCCAGCACUUCAUCUGGCUUAAAACCAUCAGCAUCAGUACCUGUUCCUGCUUCAGGUUCAGCAUUUUCAGAUGUUUCUGCAGAGAGACUUUCUGCUUCACCUUUUGCUUUCAGUACAUGUAGCAACUCAUUACCAAGACUUAUUAAAGAUGCAGCUACAGUUUCCUUUACAAAGAAAGACAGUAAAUCUACUUGGAAACGUGAUCCUGAGGAUAAAAUAGAUGACCAGGAUGAAACCAAAUUUACAAAACUGAAUUCUGUAACUAAAACUACUGUUUCUGAUGCUUCAGCCAGCCCAGAAAUGCUUUUCUCUAGAAGCGGUACUAAAAAACCUGAAAAAAAGAAAACAGAAUCUCAUGACAAAACACUCCUAAAUCUAGAAAAAUCGGUGUCUCCAGAACGUACAGAGCUUGUUUCUAAACAUAAUCGUCCAAAACAUGCAGAUUCUUUCUUUCCCAUGAACUCUUCUAAGAAGGUUGAAAAUGAAAAAGCAGUUGCUGAUAGUAAUUCUUCUUUUAGUCAGUCUUUGUGUUCAGCUGCUGUUCCUGUUAAAGAAGAGACUGCUUCUUUCACUCAGCUUACUACAUCAACAAAACAAGAAAUAAAGGUAAAAGAUGAAGAAAGUAGACUUGUUGUUGAAAACAACUGUUCCUGUGCUAGGAAGGAAGAUGAACCUGAGUCUGUACUGCUUCAGAAUGAAGCCUGUUCUGUUCCUGACACCUGCAGUGAUACACUUUCAGGAGGCUCUACGCUUACUGUAAAAGAGGCAAGAGGAAUACCAAGUGACACUGAUUCUGAUGCUGAAGAACUAAGUCAAACGUCAGUCUCUAGUAAUAACAGCAGUGCAUCAGAAUAUUUUUCUGUUGCAGAAGACAAAAUAUCUGCUAGAGGAAAACCAGAGACAUGA